AUGGCGAAACAUGGAAUGGGUUUGCUACCACUCGCAAUGUUCGUUGGUCUCGGUACUUUCCUAUCCGGCUACGACAGCGGCGUUGUCACCACCACCAUUACCAAAACGAGCUGGAUCAAGCACAUGAACUAUCCGUCUCAAGAAUGGAUUGGAGCAGUCGCUUCCUUCUACUACGCUGGUCAGGCUCUCGGCUGUCUCCUCCAAGUCCUUGUCGCGGACCGCAUCGGUCGCAUUCCUUUCCUCCAACUACUCACCGCCUUCGCCGCCAUCGGUCCCGUGAUUCAAACCGUGUCGACCAACAUGCAAACCUUCAUCGCCGGCCGAGCUCUCGCAGGCCUGCCCACAGGCGCCAUGUAUACCACCAUCGCUCUCUAUCUCUGCGAGAUAGCACCAGCUCACAACCGCGGCCUCAUCGCAGGGUGUUCAGGACUCAUGCUAGGGUUAGGAAUCAUGAUAUCCAACUGGGUCGGGAUGGCAUGUAGCUACGCACCGUAUGGAUCUCUCCAAUGGCGUCUCCCCAUCGCUCUCCAGACUCCCUGGAGUUGUAUCCUCCUCAUCGGCCUCGCGACGUUUGUCCCCGAAUCGCCCCGAUAUUUGAUUUUUCAGGGCCGAAUAGCCCACGCGCGAGCAGUCUUUGAUCGCUUACGCAUUGGCUACAAUCUCGACGAGGCAGAUCACGAAUUCGCCCAAAUGACUGCACAAAUCGAUUUCGAAGCUCGUCGCCGCCUAGCCAGUUCCGAACGCAUCCGACUCUUUCGCUACCGCAUGGCUGUAGCUCUCAUUUGCGGCAUCAUUCCGAGUUUGACAGGCGCACAAGUCAUUGGAUACUACCAAGUCCGAUUAUACCAAACGCUGGGCAUCGAAGUCCGAGACCGUCUGACGUUGGCGGGUGCACAUGGUACAGUCAGUUUUCUCGCGGUGCUGUUUACAGAUAAAUUGGUGAUUGAUCGGUGGGGACGCCGAAAUCUUCUCUUGUUGGGAUUGGCGGGGAGUGUGUUUUGUCAAAUUUAUUGUGCGAUUACGCAGUGGCAGUUUGCUUUUGGUGAGAAUACAGUUGGAAAGGCGUUUGCUGUGUUGGGGAUUUAUCUGUUUACGGUGGUUUAUUAUGCAUGUUUCGGCAGCACUCCAGGAAUCUACCAAGCAGAAGUCCUACCCAUCGCCGUACGCAGCAAAGUCAUGGGCGUAACGGGCGCCGCAUCUCUUGCAAUUAUCGCAGGAUUUUCCGAAUCGGCACCAAUGGCGUUUGUGACGAUCAAGCAUAAUUACUACUAUGUCUUUCUCGGCCCGACAGUCCUGAUCUUCCUCGUCGCAUGGCUCAUGUUUCCCGAGACGAAACAAAGAACAUUAGAAGAAAUCCCCUGGAUUUUUGGCGAUAACAUUGUCACGGAGAGGAGGAGGUAUAGCAGCGGCGAUAGCGGCGAUACUGAGCAGACUGAUAGAUAG